GCCGAUGCGCGGGAGGAAGGGAGGCAGCGCAGGGCCGUGUGCUCAGCAAUAGGAAAUGCUUUAUGAGCCCAGAGCGGUGGAGCAGAGCCAGGCAGGAAGAGGCAGUGAGGAGGAACAGUUUUUGGUGACUUCUCCCACAUCCCGAACACAGAGCGCUCGCAGUGGGGCUGGGACGGGGCUGAGCCGUGCGGGGGGCACAGAGGUGGCCCUAUGAGGAUCUGUGGGGUGUGGGGCAACGCUGCCAGCAUCCCCGGCUGAGCGCGGCGUUGGGAUGCGGGAUCCGGAGCUGGGAAUCGUCCCCAGAUGCUGUAGGAAAAUGCCCCCCAGAGCCCACGCUGGGGCCAUGCUGGUGCUGCUGAGCCUCUCUCUUGGCCUCGCUGCAGAUGAGCUGCAAUGUGCGUGCGACGUGCCGCACUGUCCUGUGCCCACCUGCACCGGCAAGGUGUGCUUCGUCAGCAAGAGGAAGGAGGCAGGGAGGGUCACCCAGCACAAAGGCUGCUUCUCGGACCACCUGCUGGAGAAUUGCCAGUCCUCCGUGAUGGAGCACUUCGGCACCCGGUGCUGCAACGCCAGCAUGUGCAACGCCGAGCUGCAGAUCUACCUGCAAGGAGAAGAAGCCCUGGGACAGUCUCCUUCCUCCUCCAACCUCCUCCUGCUGAUCUUCAUCCUGCUGCUGACGCUCCUCGUCCUCGUGGCGCUCACCAUCCUCUUCCUCUGGAAGCUGGCCCAGCACCGCCGCAAGAGGCUGCUCCUCUUCAAGCACAGCGACCUGGGGGACACGGACCUGAUGCUGAAGGCAUCCAUGGUGGGAGACAGCACGCUGGAGGAUUUGCUGAACGAUGACUGCACCACGGGCAGUGGCUCAGGGCUGCCCUUCCUCGUCCAGCGCACGGUGGCCCGGCAGAUCUCCCUCGUGGAGUGCGUAGGCAAAGGGCGUUACGGCGAGGUGUGGCGAGGCGUGUGGCACGGGGAGAACGUGGCCGUCAAGAUCUUCUCCUCCCGGGAUGAGCAGUCGUGGUUCCGUGAGACCGAGAUCUACAACACCGUGCUGCUGCGGCACGACAACAUCCUGGGCUUCAUCGCCUCCGAUAUGACCUCGAGGAACUCCAGCACCCAGCUGUGGCUCAUCACCCACUACCACGAGAACGGCUCGCUCUACGACUACCUGCAGAGGACAACCCUGGAUGUGGAGACCUGCCUGGGGUUGGCAGCCUCCAUCAUCUGCGGCCUCGUCCACCUCCACGUGGAGAUCUUUGGCACGCAGGGCAAACCUGCUAUCGCUCACCGUGACCUGAAGAGCAGGAACAUCCUGGUGAAAAGCAACCGGCAGUGCUGCAUCGCCGACCUGGGUCUGGCCGUCAUGCACUCUCAGGGCAGCGACUACCUGGACAUUGGCCACAACCCUCGGGUGGGCACGAAGCGUUACAUGGCCCCGGAGGUGCUGAGCGAGCAGAUCCGCACCGACUGCUUCGAGUCCUACAAGAAAACAGACAUCUGGGCGUACGGCUUGGUGCUAUGGGAGAUCACCCGGCGCACGGCCGUCAAUGAUUAG